AUGUCCCACGGCAGUUCAUGGAAACUUUUCCGAGUGGGAACCACAGCCAGCCCCGAAGUGAAGAACUUCGCAGAAACGGGAAAAUGGGAGUUGGCCGAUGGACAGGGGACGCAAGGCGUUCUUGACCAUUUCACCGCCCCUCCGGUGACCACUGGACAAGGUCGGACUGAGACGCAGUUCUUCCUGGAUGGGAACCAUUCCAAAGUUUCCAUUAUGUCCAGAAUAAUACCGUCUCCGGACUGGUUCGUCGGUUUGGACUCCUUCCAGUUAUGCGUAGACGGCAAUUGGCUGGAUACAAUAACUCUAGAGGUGGACCCACUUGACGCUGGGACGGACAACGGUUUUACGUUCACGGCGCCCAAUUGGGUGACGCAACCGCAAGGAGUCGUUUACAGGAUCACCAGCAGAUUCCCGGCUCAUCCUGCAGGCUCAUUUUAUUACCCGUACAUCAAGCGAUUGCCACCUAUAGCGACUUUCCAGUUUAUAAAAGUGAAAGAAUACGAAAUAAGCGAGGUUUUCCACCACGGCGAGGACGAGAAAAGAUACGAAGUCGUCAAGUCCGACCAACACAACGCCAUAAACAUUAUGCAAGGCAACGAAGCCAUACAACUGGAAAUGGAAGAGGAAAGGAAAGAGGAAGAGUUAGUAAUGCAGCAAAAAAUGACUACAAAAAUUAACAAUUUAAUGCCACCCAUUCCUACGAGAAAGCCUUACAUUAUCCUUCCAACAGGCACUGGCAAACUUGAAGACGACGGUGUUUUUUUAAACACAAUAGUGAGCAGUUUCAACAACCACGACACGACGCGCACAGUUAAAUCAAAAUACAAGAAAACGAAGAUGAGGGACUGCAAAGUUGGUGAUUGGGGAGAGUGGAGCGGCUGUUCUUCAAGCUGUGGAGUGGGAGAAAUGUCAAGGGAAAGAGCGAUUCUGCGGCCACCACGGAGAGGAGGCGUUUCUUGUCCACCACUCAGGCAAGUCAGGUGGUGCGCCUCACCCAUCGCCAACUGUACCACCAACUGGUAG